AUGUUCAGAGACCCUAAGCAAGUGAUUGCGAACCCGGCAGCGUCGCUGCCAGUAUCUUCUUUACAGCCUGUGCCCGUUGCAGCAUGGGGAGCCCUUGCAAUGGCUCAUCUUGGUGUUCUAAUGGUUGUUGGGGUCCAUAUGCUGGUGGUUCGAGAUGGAGACUACCAGUCAGCGAUCAAAAAACUCUCGGAUUCCGGAUUCACUAUCUCGACUCCGAAACGUGGCCCUCGUCCCGGAGCUAUAGCCGAAUAUCGCGACCCCGAGAGGGUCCUACAACAAAUUAACAGCGGGUACAAACAUCUAGAUGGAUCCUCAACGACCUUUAACUAUCCGGCACGUUGCCGCGAGCGUACGGAACAAGUUGUCCUGAUCCCAAAUUCAUUUGCGCAUCUGAAACUAGAACCUAAUACGGCGGGUCAAUUCGCCGAUGCUGCUCACUAUGACGUAUUCGGGAAUAUAUGGUAUCCUGACGAGGAGACACUUAUAGAAAGUCUUGUCAAAGCAGCGAUAGAUGAGGAGAGUCUUGGGCACUCAAUAUGGGGCUCGUUGCUGGAGGCAUGGGUAUCAAUGAUGGUGGGAUACUUGGACAUCCAGAACGACAUCAUUGAUAACUCUGAUGACGAGCGUGCGGUGGCUUGGUAUAGCAAGCACUUUGGUCGGAUCUACGAGGAGAACCAUGGGCCUAUGGAUCGUCGUAUCACGAAGCGCCUCGGAUCAGCCUCAUAG